AAGAGGAAGGGCCUGACGUCAGGGCCUAUCUGAGCAUGCGCUGUUAUGUGUCCAGUCAACCCCGUGCCUAUCGGUAGACUACAUAAUACACACUCUUUCUGUAUCUACAGACAUUGCUAUCUGACAGCCCAAUACACUGGCGCGGGAGACUACAAGAAUAGUUAUUUUCUACCUAAUAAGAACUGGACCAACACACAUCUAACGCUCCUUUCGGCUUCAUUUGAAGGUUGUUGUUCGGGUUUAACCUGCCUUUGGCUGUAUCACCCCUAACCAACCCUAACCUCGCCAGCACCGCCACGGGGACUUUACCAUAACCCUGAAGGGAAACGGGUCCUGCCGGUGUUCCUUCCCCAGGACAGCCUCUAUCUCCCCCUCCCCCUCUCUAUCGCUUUUCCCCCCUCUUUCAGCCCUCCCACACAGAUGCACCCCGCUGCCCAGCUCGACAGGAGCGAUGGGAUGUGUCAACUAGUAGAUGACACAGUCCUGGACCAUGUAAGGGAGCUGAAGGUGCAAUCUGCAGUGUUUCUACCGGAGAGAGCGACGGGGAGAGUGAGGGAAGAGGAGGAGCGAGGAAUGGGCAUGGGGAAGAAUAUCACCUCUAAGUCGAUGGAGGGAGAAGGAGCGAAGUAUGAGGAGGAGAACAAACACAGAGCAGACUUCUACCCCAUUCCGGUGGUGGUUAACGGAGUGGGACAGGCCGCUGGAGAGCAGGACACUGAAGACACUGAGCUGAUGGCCGUCUACACUAAAGAGAACCAGGGAGGAGAGAAAAGUUCCAUGUCGGAGACGUUAGACAGUGCAGACAGUAUGGACGCCAGGAGAAUGGACAUGAUCUACACCAUUGAAGACACUCCUCCCUGGUACCUGUGUAUAUUCCUGGGCUUACAGCACUACCUGACAUGUUUCAGUGGUACCAUCGCGGUGCCAUUCCUGCUAGCUGAAGCCAUGUGUGUAGGGUUUGACCAGUGGGCUACCAGUCAGCUCAUAGGAACUAUCUUCUUCUGUGUGGGAAUCACCACCCUGCUACAGACUACACUGGGCUGCAGACUUCCUCUGUUCCAGGCCAGUGCCUUUGCCUUCCUGGCCCCCGCCAGGGCAAUCCUGUCACUAGACAAGUGGAAGUGCAACGCUACAGUGGUUCCUUCCAUGUUCAACGAGACUGAGCUGCUCAACACUGAACACAUCUGGCACCCCCGGAUACGAGAGAUCCAGGGGGCUAUCAUUGUGUCGUCUCUGAUAGAGGUGUGUAUUGGCUUCCUGGGGCUCCCUGGGCUCCUGUUGAAAUACAUCGGGCCCCUAACUAUCACCCCGACUGUGGCCCUCAUCGGCCUGUCUGGCUUCCAGGCUGCAGGGGAGAGAGCAGGGAAACACUGGGGCAUCGCCAUGCUGACUAUAUUCCUGGUGUUGUUGUUCUCUCAGUAUGCGAGGAACGUACAGCUUCCUCUGCCCAUCUACAAGGCUAAGAAAGGUUGGACCUCUUAUAGAUUACAGCUCUUCAAGAUGUUCCCUAUCAUCAUGGCCAUCCUGGUGUCAUGGCUGAUUUGUUUUAUCUUUACCGUAACCAAUGUUUUCCCACCGGAGAAAGACAAGUACGGUUACUACGCCCGCACCGACGCACGCCAGGGGAUACUGGCAGCCGCACCCUGGUUCAAGAUCCCCUACCCCUUUCAGUGGGGUGUUCCUACGGUGACAGCGGCGGGGGUGAUCGGUAUGUUCAGUGCCGUGGUCGCCAGCAUCAUUGAGUCCAUUGGAGACUACUACGCCUGUGCCCGCCUCUCCUGUGCCCCCCCACCCCCCAUUCACGCCAUCAACAGGGGUAUAUUUAUGGAAGGUCUCUCCUGCGUGUUGGAUGGGCUGAUGGGGACAGGAAAUGGCUCUACUUCCUCCAGUCCUAAUAUAGGCGUGCUAGGCAUCACUAAGGUGGGCAGCCGGCGUGUGAUCCAAUACGGUGCUGCUAUGAUGCUACUGCUAGGGCUGGUGGGUAAAUUCAGCGCGUUGUUCGCCUCCCUGCCUGACCCUGUCCUGGGGGCACUGUUUUGUACCCUGUUUGGGAUGAUCACAGCUGUGGGACUGUCCAACCUGCAGUUUGUAGACCUCAACUCCUCCAGGAACCUUUUUGUUCUGGGCUUCUCCAUCUUCUUUGGUCUGGUGCUGCCCAGCUACCUCAAACAGAACCCUCUGGUCACUGGUAUAGUGUCGAUUGACCAGGUGUUGAACGUCCUCCUGACCACAGCCAUGUUCGUAGGGGGGUCAGUGGCAUUUGUGCUGGACAACACUAUCCCUGGUACGCCGGAGGAGCGAGGGAUCAGGAAGUUGAAGCGUGGGUUGGGACCCAGUACUGCGGAGCUAGAGGGGAUGAGAACCUACGACCUCCCGUUCGGCAUGGACUUCCUGCGCCGCCACACCAUCUUCCAGUACUUCCCCAUCAGCCCCACCUUCAGCGGCUACCAGUGGGGCGCGAUCUGCAAGGCCUGCAGACUUAGGGGGGGACAAGGGGGGGCAGGGAAGGCAGCAGAGAUGGAGGGAAUCACAGAACCAGGGGAGAGCGGGGUAUAGCAGACUGGUAGAACCGGGCUGGAGGGAAGAGAGAUGGAGUUUGGUACCAUGGAAGGAAGGGAGGGGUGGAGGUUUUUGGGUAGCAUCAGUGCAGUGUGACAUGCUCAACCCUGUCUUUUAUGUAUGUGUGUGUGUGUGUGUGUGUGUGUGUGUGUGUGUGUGUGUGUGUGUGUGUGUGUGUGUGUGUGUGUGUGUGUGUGUGUGUGUGUGUGUGUGUGUGUGUGUGUGUGUGUGUGUGUGUGUGUGUGUGUGUGUGUGUGUGUGUCUGAAUAACACUGUCUAUGGCCUAUUCAUGCUGUUAUUAGCAUGUUAUAACCAGUGUCAUGAGCGUGAAAUAACAGAUGUCCUUAUAGAGGAAGUUUCAGAUGCAACAUGCUCUUGUCUCUGCCUAGUAUGUGAGUAAAAGAGCCUUAGACAGCCCAUUAUUGAGGUCCCUCUUUUCCCAUUGCACUAUUUCAUCUUGUGGAAUUUGAUCUUUAGUUAACACUUAUUUCUCAGUUAACUUGUCUACAUCAGUCCAUCUGUCUACGUUCAUUCCAAGGGGAAUUGUAAGAAAAGGUUUGUUCUCUGCUGUUUAACCAAAAUACUCUGAUGUAUUACACUCCCAGUGGCCUCUG